AUGUGGCCUCGAGCGCUUCACCGCGCAGCUGCACUGCGACCGUCUCGCGCCGCCGUCCACUCGCUCUCGUACCACGUCCGUCGCUCUGCCUCUUCAUCCACAUCACUACGCGCUGCGUCAGUGUCGUAUUGCAGCAGCCACAACCGCUUCUUCGCGACUCAUAGACCCACCGCCGACAAUGCCAACACCGCCGACCAUCAUGAUGUCGCUAUUUCGUCCAAUAAUAUGAGCGGCUCGACUGAUUCCGCCGCCGCUGAUUGGUCAGGAGCGCCCGGCAUUGAAACCUCUGGUGACAAAUUCGUCAUGGUCUACACUUGCAGCGUCUGCGAGACGCGCUCGGCCAAAACUAUUAGCAAGCACGCUUACUAUAACGGCGUGGUACUGGUACGCUGUCCUGGCUGCGAGAAUCUGCACUUGGUGGCCGAUCGCUUGGGCUGGUUCGAAGACGAGAGCGCGGACGUCGAGAGUUUGUUGGCUCAAAAAGGCGAAAAGGUCCGCUUUGUGACGGAGGACAACGUGCUCGAACUGACGGCAAACGAUGUCCUUGGGACCAAGAGCCAGGACUUGAUUUAG